AUGAAGUUUUGCACAUUUCGUUUCAAAGUAUUGAUCUUAACCAUUAUAACUGAAGCUAAAUUAAGUAAUCAAUUUAGAUGCCCAUACUCUCAUUGGAAUGACCCGGGUACAUUAAGUGUAGAGGCUCUAACGGCAUUGGCCGCUAGAAAUACUUUAUCCGAAUUAGGUAUGAAGGAUUUAAUGCCAGGACAAAAUAGCCAGUUAAAUAUAGUAAAGCCAGUUCCAGAAUCUGGUCUAUCGGCCAUGGCAAUAGAAUCCUUGCUGCAAAACUCAUUUCGCUCUAAUAAUAUAAAAAAGGAUGUAUUUGGUGGAAUUUAUGGGGAUCAAACAUUAGACAAUUUGUACAGUUCCUAUUUGGGGGCAAUGAAAACGGCGGAAUUAGAAUGUGCUGUGCCUCCCAUAUCAUGUUUCAAUGACACUAGCAACUACUAUUUUCGAACGUAUGAUGGUUCCUGUAACAAUUUCCAAUUUCCCGGCUAUGGUAUUGCAAAGUCAAGGUACUCACGUAUUUUAAGACCAAAAUAUGGUGAUGGUCAAUAUGCUCCUAGCAAAUCUUCAUCUGGCCAUGCUCUACCAAAUCCCCGCGUUUUAUCGUUAUCACUAUAUGGGGAGGAUACGUUAUCGGAUAGUUAUCGUACAUUAUUAACAAUGCAAUUUGGUCAAUUUGUUGCCCACGACAUCAGUCAGUUAUAUAGCGAGGGAUUACCGGAUGACUGCUGCGCAAAUCCGAAGCACAAAAUGUGUUAUUCGAUACCUUUACAUCCUUUUGGCCCGAUUGCAAUGACCUCGGGAAAGACAUGUCUUAGCUUUGCCCGUAGUUUAUCUGAUAAAGAUAUUGCCUGUGCACCCAGCGGUUUGCCUUAUGCGGAGAAGAUUACAACAACUACAGCCUUCUUGGAUCUAUCAUCAGUUUAUGGAAAUUCAUUGGAGCAGAACAUAAAAGUGCGCCAGUACAAAGGUGGCUUGCUGAAAACCAGUUUGUAUAACAGUAAACCAUUUUUACCCGUUCAAUCCAGCUCAAAUGGCGAAUGUCCGGCAAAUAACGAGCAAUGUUAUAGCAUACCCGAUAAUCGAAAUCAAUUUACACCAAUAAUUGCUGUUCUGCAAACGAUAUUUGUCAGAGAGCACAAUAGAUUAGCGAAAAUUUUGUCUCGAAUAAACCCUCAUUAUUCAGAUGAAAGAAUUUUCCAAGUGGCACGAAAAAUUAAUAUAGCUCAAUAUCAAAAGAUUACCUUCUACGAUUGGUUGCCGCUCAUUUUAGGUCCCAUGUAUAGUUUUGCUAAUCGUUUGAUAUAUUCGGUUUCGCCUUAUGAAUAUGUAAAUGAUUAUGAUCGAAAUUUGGAUCCAGCACCAUUUGCCGAAUAUGCUGCCGCAGCAUUUCGUUAUAUACAUCAAUCAAUUCCUGGAUGGUUUUCAAUGGUUUCCUCCGGACGAAAUAGUAAUCAAACUAUGCGCUUGAGUGACUAUUUCGACCGUCAAGAUUCUAUGAAGCUUCUAAUGGAAGGAAACAACUUCGAUUCUCUUAUACGUGGUUUAGCAACACAACUAGAGAAACGUGCUGAUGGCAAUGUAGACAGAGAGGUCAAACAUCAUUUCGAUCGUAAAUCUUUCGAUGAAUUCGGCACUGACCUAAAAGCUAUAGAUAUUCAGCGAGGUCGAGAUUACGGUUUACCUAGUUACAAUGAUUAUAGAGAACAAUGUGGCCUAGCAAGAGCGUAUCAGUGGUCAGAUUUCUUAAAUGAAAUUUCAGAAGAGAAAAUUGAAUUACUGAAAAAGUUUUAUUCAUCACCGAAUGACAUAGAUUUGACUAUUGGCGGUUCAUAUGAAAAUCACUCUGGAGAUUCAAUGCUAGGUCCAACAUUUCAAUGUAUUAUUGGGAAACAAUUUUUUAAAAUACGUGCAGCUGACCGCUUCUUCUUCGAACACGAAGAUAAAAAUUCCGGAUUCACUAGAGAUCAACUGGCUGAAAUACGAAAAAUUAGUUUUGCAAGUAUUGUCUGUGCUAAUGGAAACAAUUUGCAAUGUAUCCAACCAAAUGUUUUUAUCUUUCCCAAUCACCAAAAUAAUUUAAUAAAUUGCAAAGCUUUUCCACAACUGGAUCUUAGAUUAUGGAAGGACAACGUUCAUUAUUAAAAACGAAAUAUUUAUUUUGUAUUUUUUAUUUUAAUUUAUUUUCUACUCUAAUUUUCUACUCUAAAAUAAAUGUUUUUUUUUAUAA